GACUAAAUAUAAGUGUUUCUCGAAUUCAGGAAUUUCAUUGCUGUUGCUUUAAUGGUUGUGAAUAUGAUAAAUAGACCAUCUUGAAAAACCGUCACAUCCUUUGUUUAAAAAUGAUGUAUCUUAUCUUACAAUUAAGGCAUAAAAAUGUACUACCGGUCCUCCAAAUAUUUUUAAUGAAUAUGUCGGAUUGCCAGUCCUUGGAACAAAACAGGUUGGGAACCCCUGCACUAAAGCACACAGCCGCCUCGCGCCCCACCCAGAUCAAACAAGUCGCGGCUGCCCGGCAGAGAACAGCCCCCCCCCCCCCCUCCUCGUGACCCGCGCAUCACGGAGGAGGAGACAGGAUCAGAUCAAAGGAAGCGGCAGAGCCUUGGCGAUCCUCGCGUGCGUUCCCGUGCCCGUGUCUUGGCCCGCGGAACGUCUUUCAGCUCGGGGGACCCUGUGGGCAUCCUCGCUUGGGUGUCGUCGGCGAGACCGGAUAUCAGAGGAGAUGCUGAGAUGCUGUCGAUAACCCGCAAUUAUCUACCUCGCGUGGAUGAAGCCCGGUUGUGAUAAACAGCUGCUCGUGCGAACAGGGACAACAUUGACUUUCUUUGUUUUUUUAUUUAUCAAGAACGACUACUCAAAGACCCGGGCUGAUCCACCGCUUCCAUGGCGUCCGGCUGUGACAUGUUCUGAGCGGAGGCUCGGGGAGAUCGGCGGCGCAAGGCAAGAUGAAGGCGCCAGGGAGAGCGAGGCGCACGCGGCUCCUCCCGCGGCUGUGCGUCUGCGGGCUCGCUCUGUUGGCCGCCACCUGGCUCGUGCAUUUGUUUAAUGUGACAGGUUCAGAACGAACGUAUGCGGACAGCGUCCGACUGUGGUCCAGGAGGGAGCUGAACCCGCAGGACACAGAGCCGGACAACCAGACCUCCAGCACUCCCAGAGCGGCCAUACACGAGUUCCCUGAAGACGUUUUCACUCCCAAACAGAGGAGGCAGGGAGCGAUCCUUCUUCAUGUCCUGUGUGCUGUUUACAUGUUCCAUGCUCUCGCCAUCAUCUGCGAUGACUAUUUUGUGCCGUCCCUGGAAAAGAUAUCAGAGAAUCUUCAACUCAGUGAAGAUGUUGCCGGGGCAACCUUCAUGGCGGCCGGGAGCUCUGCCCCUGAGCUCUUCACCUCACUGAUUGGCGUGUUUAUCACCAAAGGGGACCUGGGAGUCGGCACCAUCGUGGGAUCCGCUGUUUUCAACAUCUUGGUGAUCAUCGGGAUCUGUGGGAUCUUCUCCGGGCAGUCCAUCAUUCUGAGCUGGUGGCCUCUGUUCCGGGACUCCGUCUUCUACAUCUUGUCCAUACUGGUGCUCAUCAUGGUGAUCUACGACGAGAAGGUCCAAUGGUGGGAGUCCAUUAUCCUGAUCUCUAUGUAUGGGAUCUACAUCCUCAUCAUGAAGUUUAACCGGGCGCUGUGCUGCUGGGUGGAGGGCCGCUGUAGCCGGGGCGGUCAGGCGUGUCUGAGCAGCCUGCGCCGGACCACCGCCGUGGGCCACGCCGGGGACUGCGACACUGACAUGGUCCCGCUCAAACCAGACGCCUGCACCGUGGGGGUCCAGGACGCCCCGCCCGGGACGGCUGACGAGACCCUGCACCAGCUCUCCUUCUCAGAGAGACAGAGGUUGAUCCAGGCUCGGGGGUUGGAGGACGACCCGGCAGUGGGGGAGGAGAUUGGCGGCGGCGACGGAGGGCCGUGGGCCAAUGAGAAUGGGGGAACAAUGGAGGGCGAGAGACAACCCCUUGAAGUUGAGAGAGAGAGAGUGAGAGACAGGGAGAAGGAGGGGGGAGUGGGGGGAGAGGGGGCGGGUGGGGCGCAGCUUAAAGAGGAGGAGGAGGAGGAGGAUGAAGAGGACGACGACGAAGAGGAGAACGUCCCCUUCAUACCAUUCGCCUGGCCAGAGGGAUGGUGUGGGCGGCUGCGCUGGCUGGGGGCCUGGCCCAUCAACCUCGUGCUCUACUGCACCGUGCCCAACUGCCGGCGGCCUCGCUGGAGGCGCUGGUACCUGCUCACCUUCCUCUCCUCCACGCUGUGGAUCGCCUUCUUCUCCUACCUCAUGGUCUGGAUGGUGACGGUGGUCAGCUUCACGCUGGGGAUCCCCGAGGUGCUGAUGGGCAUCACCUUCCUGGCCGCAGGGACCAGCGUCCCCGACUGCAUGGCCAGCCUCAUCGUGGCCCGGCAGGGUAUGGGAGACAUGGCCGUGUCCAACUCCAUCGGCAGUAACAUCUUUGACGUGCUGCUGGGUCUGGGCUUCCCCUGGGCGCUGCGGACCCUCAUAGUGAACUACGGAUCAGUGGUUUACAUCAACAGCAAAGGUCUGGUGUACUCGGUGAUUCUGCUGCUGGCCUCAGUCAUACUGACUGUGCUCAGUGUCCACCUGAACCACUGGAGGCUGGACCGGAGGCUGGGCCUCAGCCUCAUCAUGCUGUACGCCGUCUUCCUGCUAUGCUCCGUCGGCUUCGAGAGGCUCUAGAGAGCCAAGCACACACGCACACACACACACUGAGAAACACACAACUUUGUUCACAUCGUCAUAAACAUCUCAAAGUAUCGCAGUGUUUGGGGGCGGGAAAACAGGUUGUAUUUGUGGUGAAUCACGAAAGGUGUGUACUGUUAUUCCCCUGGUGCAGUAAUUCACACUCACUAGUACAUUCUGUUUCUCAGACACACACACACAGUUACUGUACCCCAUGCUGCAAACAGUGAUCCAGUAAAAAGGAAGUCAAGUCUGCUGCGUUUUGCUAUAAGAUUGUAACGUCCCACUGGCUGCACUUCUUUACCUUUGAUACCGUCAGUAUUUUGCAGUUUUAUACCAAACACCUCCAGCCCACAUGUUGUGCCGUUAACAAACGACUUUGAAACAAAACAAACAUAUUAAAAAUUGACUUUGUAAUGUACCAUUUCCACUGCCCUUUAGUGCAAUACGUUGUUUCAGAUGUCGUGAUUAAAAAUGGAAACAUGACAACGAUUGUGAUGACCAGCAACCAAGCAAUGACUUCCUCGGUCCUCAUAGAUGAUAUGCGUUUCUUCCUGUGUGUAUCGUGGCUUUCUGGUUGUGGGGUUGGUUUAUGUACAAGUUAUAUUGUAGACAUGUUGAAUCAAGCCUUUGUGUGUGUUCCUGUACGAUGUAGCAUGGCUAAUCCACACCGAUAAUUGCACUACCACACCGUGCUCUCUUGUAAUUAAAACACAAAUCCCAAUUUAUUUGUGAAAGCUUCAAAGCAUUAAAAAAUAGAUUUUUAUUUUGGGGGAAAUAUCCUUCCUUUGAAUGUCAGUGGGGAAAUACUUGGGUGUUCGUCUGUAUGUGAAAUAAAACAAAUUGUACGUUUCCCCUGUUUUUCUUUUCAUUUCCCAGUGAAACUCAAGAAAUUAAACAAAUAUAUCCAACGACUGACUGCAGAGUUCACUGGCCUUAUCCUACUUUCAUUGCAUGGUAAUAGCUUAAUUGGACAUGGAGAUAAUGGCAAACCAAUGAACUUGUUUUAAAUUUAGCUUAACUGUUUAACUUUUUUUUUUUUUUUUGGAUUGUACUCUGUGUAGUUUUUAAUAUGAGCUAUUCUCUUUAUGGGAGAAAGCAAUUAUUUUUCAAUCCUUUUUGAAUGGAUGUGUUGACUUUGAAGACCUCUAAAUCUUCCCCUUGUGGUAGCUGUCCAUCUCCUUUUGGUCGAGUCUCUUCACUAAAUCUCUGCUUGGACGCAGUAUCCUCAAAGUUGGGCCACUAAAAAAGUGGCUCUAGUUUGUUCAAUAUGCAUUGAUUCACUCGGUUAUACACAAAGAAUACAAAUCAAAUAACUGCACAACCACAUGUUCUUCAAAUACAUUGUGAGAUUUUUAUUACACUUGAGCGUCAUCAGUUUUCAUACCAAAAAAUAAAUGUAAAAAAAAAAAGAAAUAACACAAGAAAUUAUAUCAUGGAACCGUUACAAGGACUCAUAAUGGAG